AUUUUGCUAUGUCGAUAGUAGACGUUUUCGUGAGCAAUGGACAGGCGAUGAUAUGGAAUCCAAAUGAUGCUGUCAAAUUGAGAAAAGAUCACAGAAUUAUUGCCACUCCAGUUGGCUCGUUGCCAAGAAAUUCCAAGCAGAAUGUUUGCCUGGGGCUACCACUUUUACUGAUGCCGGAGCAGGCGACUCUGCUCGCAGAGAAAAAUUUGGUGAGAUUGAGGAGUUAUAGAAUGCCUCCAAAAGCAAGUCAAGAGCAAGUAGAUUUUUUUGAAAAGGAAAGAGAAGAAAGUGUGAAACAGCAGGCUCAAUUAUGGCUUGCUGAUCAAGACAUAAGAAGGCAACAAUACAUCUCUUCUAUUGCUAGUGCUUCACCUCAAUCAAAGUUAUCAAAAUCUGAGAAGAAAAAAAUUAAGUUAGCAAAGAAAAAACAGGAAAAGAAACAACUAAUGGAUAUCAAGCCUCAAAACGAAGCUGCAACGACUACCACGAAAUGUGAUAAUACUUCAGUUGUCAAUGUGCCUGCAGAUGUGGUUAUGAAGCAGGAGACGAUUAGAGCAAGUGAUGAGUCAGUGAAACAACACGAUGUGAUAUCUCUUGAUGAAGAGGAGACUUCAGAUGGUGAUUAUGACACAUUAGAGCCUUGUGCUAAACGGCCACGUCUGGAUGAUGACAACAACAUUGAAGAUGAAAUACAAGCAAGUGACUUGGUUGUCAGUGACAGAGUAGAGGCGUCCAGAGAUUUAGUAUGUGAUCAGUCUGAGAGGAAAGAUGGAAGUCUGGAUGUACAAAUCAGCAGUCCUACUAUUCAAAUCACUAGAGCUGAUCCCAGGGCUCAUACGUACAGCUUAGACUCGUGUCCCGAAUGGGAGUUUCCCAAAACCAAACGAGAAAAAAUAAAAUACAUUAUAUACAAGGAUUUGUGGGAGAAAGGCUAUUAUGUUGCAAACGGUGCAAAGUUUGGUGGUGAUUAUCUCGUCUAUCCUGGCGAUUUGGCUCUCGUUCACUCACAUUACGUGGCGAUCAUCAAAGAAUGGGACGAACGUAUGUCAGCGUUUGAGAUUAUCUCGUCUGGACGAUUAGGAACGAAAGUCAAAAAGAACGCACUGUUUUGCUCAGUAGAUAAUGACGGGAUGCCGGUUUACUACUCGGCUCAGUGGACAGGCAUCGUGUAGACACAAGACAUGACAUACGUUUGACAUACGUUUGUAUACAUUGUCUUUAUAUAUUUCUACUGACAAGACUUACUUGCCAUGUCAUUUUUGUUUUAUCACCAACCCCAAAAUGCUAAGAAUGUAUUGAGAUGA